CCCAAGUGACAAUAAUCAUGGAGUAUUAGAACCGAUAAGAUCGCGGGUGAACGAGCGUACCGUCAACGCGCUGUCGUUUCAUCAUUGUCUUCGCACCAUUCACCAUUCCAAUAAUAAAACUACAAAAAUAAACAUCAAAUAAUCCCCUCACCGCACACCGCCAUAUUUACCGGCCACCUGAAACUUUUCCGAUCAUUUGCAGUUUGUGAUUUUGUUCUAGAUUUGUUUGAGGAGUUGUUGGCGACGAUAUGAGUGAAACAUUUGAAGGUUACGAACGCCAAUACUGCGAGCUUUCGGCGAGUUUGUCGAAAAAGUGUACAUCCGCUAGUUUACUCGAUGGAGAGCAAAAGAAGCAAAAAAUUGCUGAAGUAAAAACAGGAAUUGAUGAAGCUGAAUCUCUGAUACGGAAAAUGGACAUUGAAGCAAGAAACUUGCCACCGAACGUAAAAGCUGUGCUCCUUGCCAAAUUAAGAGAGUACAAAUCUGAUCUGAAUAAUUUGAAAAGUGAAAUUAAACGAAUUGCAUCAACAAACUUAAACCAGGCUGCCCGUGAUGAACUAUUGGAGUCGGGAAUGGCCGAUGCUGCUGCAGUGUCAGCAGAUCAAAGAGGAAGAUUAAUGAUGUCAACUGAAAGAUUAAACAAGUCAAGUGACAGAGUUAGGGACAGCAGAAGGACCAUGCUGGAGACCGAAGAACUUGGUGUUUCACUUCUUCAAGAUCUUCAUCAACAACGACAGUCUCUGUUGCAUGCCCAUGGAACCCUUCAUGGAGUUGAUGAGAACGUAGGAAAGAGUAAAAAGAUUAUGACAAACAUCUCGAGAAGGAUGAAUCGAAACAAGUGGAUAAUUGGCUUCAUGGUCACUAUACUGAUUGUUGCCAUCAUCUUGAUCUUGUACUUCAAGUUGAAGUAGCUGCUGAAAGUUGAGUUUGUUUGUUUAUUGGUCUGUUUUUACUGCAAGUGUGCCCUUUAUUGUGGAUCAAAGAAGUUUUUUUUUUGUUUGAAAGUGUUAAUGUCUGUUGUGGUUGAAAAAUAAGCUGUUUUGUGUGUCUAUUUAUUUGUUAUUUAUGUUGGGUGGUAAUAACUUGGUGUCUAUUGUAUAUUCGGAUUGAUGCUUGUUGCUGUUAAUCUGUUAUGGUUUUCUGAAUAUCAUUAAUUUGUAUCUA